AUGAUAAAGAAUCUGUUUGAUUUCAUCUGUACGGGAAGAAUAAGAAGAAGACGAUUUGUAGAACCGGUAAGUGAAAUACUGUAGAUAUUAUAAAAAACACAACUUUAAUUCUAAGACCAAAGAAGAAUCAGAAUCUGGCGAUUAUGUUGUACAAUCUACGAAUGAUAAGCCAUUAGAAGAAGCUAUCAAAGAAGAUCGAUACACACCAAUUGAUUUCAAUACAAUUGAAGUGAAGCAUGAUUCCGAUGUGGAAAACUCGCCCAAUUCAAGCAAUAUCAGUGUUGUUUCAUUGACUCCUUCUCCAAUCCCAGAAACUUAUCGUGAAUAUAUCCCAAGACCAGCAUCGAUGUCAUUUCGCAAAAAAUCGGCAAACCAAUUAGGCUCAAGGCGUGUUGCCAGUGUUAACAGAGUUGUUGAUAUGAAACAACCCAGGUAAAAUUUUAGAAUAUUCAUAUACCAAAGAAGACAAAAUACCUAAAACUGAAGAUUAUUUUUCCGUAAAAAUUUGAUGUGGUUCUUUUUUUUAUCUUCGGUCUCAAUUUUAUUCAUCUUUUCAUUUCUGUUUUCUUUAUUCAUUGUUUCAUUAUUUUGAAUACAGGUGUUUGAGUUAGAAGUUCAACAUAUGUUUCAAACUGAUUUUACUGCUUUCUUCAUAGUUUUUUCCCAGAACAGAUGACAUAAAAUAGCUAUUGCAUGUGCAAAAAAGAAUACACAUAGUAAUUUCCUAUUCAAAUUUCGUUUUUUUUUUCGAAAUGAGAAAUGAACUGCUUCAGCUGCUCGUCCCUAAGAAAUGAACAAUUUCUUUUUUAAAGCCAAAGGUUCGAUUUCAAAUGUCUAGUUUCCAUUUUCUUCAUUUCACACCAAGAUUUCAAUCUCAUAUGUUGCAAAAAGUAGACCAUAUGUUUGGGAAAUUUAUAUGAAUUUGUGUUUGGUAUUUUAUUUUCUAAUUACCAUUCAUAAAUUCUUCCUUCACACAAAUACACACACAUUUCUGACAGGAUUACUCAAAAUUUGCACGCAAUGUCGCUGCGCUCCUUCUUUUCAUGACUCAUUCCUUUUCCUUCACAUUUACGAGUUUCCCUUCUUUAUUUUUCCCAUUCUUUUUUCGUAGUUAACUCGUUCAAAUAAUUAGUAUCUGCACCUAUUUUUUACUCCAAUAAAUAAGUUUCCUGGUGAUAAAAAUCUUGAAACAUAAAACCAACUGACAACUUUAGUUACUUCUAUUAUUAUCUCUCCAACUGUUGUUUUUGUUUUCGAAUCUUUUUAUGCUGUUUUUUAAGGGUAUUAUCAUAAAUGUCUGUCGAUUCGGAAUGGUCUAUCAAACCAUCUUGUAAUGAUUCAUUGUUUAGUAUUAGUGAUACAGAAUGUUCGGAAAUAGAAGCAGAUAUGAAAAGAAGAGAAAGAAGAAGGUAUUCAAAUAAAUAAAAUAUAUAAAAAAAAAGAAAAAAGAAAUGAAAAAAAUAAGAAUUCUGUUAAAAAAUAAUUUUAUAGUCAUCGCCGUAGUUUCCACAAUCCAUCAGGAUCACAUAACAAUCCAUUUGCUUUUGCUGAUUUCCAAACUACUUCAACUCCAAAAGUGAGGAAAAUAAAAAUAUGUUUCAACGUAUAUUUCAACUUUUUAGGUGUUGGCUGUUCGACCACUUAGAAAUCAUUCUGAAGAUUUUGGUGAAUUCUUUUUUUAAUGCUUUUUGAAACAAAAUUGAUAUAAUUUUUUAGAGUCCGACAAAAUUUUGGUUUUGGAGAAACGUAUCCGAGAAUUGGAAUUAAGUCGUAUUGAUGCAACAUCGCCAAGAUUUUCGAAAGGUCAUCGAAGAGAAGCAAUGGAAAUUACGGAUGAAUUAUUGCGAAAAGAUAUGAAGGUCAAGAAAUUGGAAACCAAAUUAUUGAAAGCUUAUCAAAAAAUGGAAAAGUUGAAUGAUGACAAUCAGGAAAUGAUGCAUAAUGUGACAGCCGAAAGAAACGAAGCGAAAAUAGAACUUCAAAAGUGUUUGGAAAGAAUGGAGCAUUUGGAAAAUGAAUUGGAUUAUACAAGAGAUUCUUUACAAAAUGAGACAACUCGUCAAUUGAAUGAAACAAUUUGGAAACAAGAUCGAGAAUUGAGAGAAAGUCGAAAAAUUCAAAAUAAAUUGAAAGAAAAAGAAAAUGAAUGUGAAGAAAUGAAAAUAUAUAUUGCCGAAAUUGAAUCGAAAAAAGACGAACUUAUUAGAAAAAUCGAGGAAAUUCAAAAGAACCAAAAGGUAUUCAUAUUUUUCAAUUUUUAUUUUUCAUUCUAAAUUGCUGCAAAUAGUAGGUUAUAUGUACAAGGAAAACGGAAAAUCAGAUUCUGAAAUUCAGUUAUACGUUUUGAAAGUAUUUCCAGAUGAAUCAAACAGUUGUUCUGCGUAGAUCAAAUUAUGGUCAAUCUUGUUCUUCAACUUCAACUCCUGUUUCUGAAGACAACGAUAUUUUGAAAAUGCGAGGAUCAACUCAACUUAUUAGAAAUGUUCACAAAGACGGAGAUAUAACACCAUUUAUGAGUAGAUCUAUCAGGUAAAUAAAUUCGUGUGACGUAAUUCAAACUUGUUUAAAUAUUUUGGGAUUUUGAAAUAUCGAAUAUUUCUGAAAAUGACUUUAAUUACAUUAUGAAAUUUCGGAUUUGUAGUCCGGAACAGGGUCAAAAUUUUUUCUUUUUCAGAGAUCAAACUCGACUUAUUGCAACUUGUCGUGCAAUGGUAAUUUGCAUGAAAAAUGGAUUGGAAAAAAUGGAAAAUGGUGAACAUUUGAAUUUCCGCACAAUGUUUGGAGACGAUAUUAUGUCAGAGUUGACAGAUGAAAGUUUUGAGGAAGAAGCCGAAGAUUCUACACCAUUUUCAAUGUUUGCAGCCGAAAAUAAAGUAUGUUUUUUAAAACUAAUUUUCAGAUUUUAAUUCAAUUUCUUAUUCAGCUCUCAAAACAAUGUCAAGAUUUGACCGAACUUGACAAUCAACUCAAUUUGAUGCGUCAAAAAAUAAUUGCAUUCAAUACAAACGAAAUACGUAAUUUUACUGAAGGCGAUCGAGAGACAUGUCGACUCCAAUAA